CGGGCCUAAAGGUUUAGAAGUUAUCUCAAAGACUUUGAUCGAAAUGUUUGUUCAACCUAGAAUAUUGACCGAAAACCUUUGUGCUCCACAAUCCUCAUCACAGUAUUUAGUCCAAGUUUUGGUACCUGAAACUGCGAUUAGGCUUAUUGCAGAGGAUCUUGGAGGUAUUCCUUUAAAUAUGGCAAAAAAUGUUAUGAACGAUAGUGUUGAAUUUGGAUUUUAUGUUCAUAAAGAUAGUAAUACGUAAUUUUACUUAUUCAAUGUAUUGUAAUUAUGUUUAAUCAAUGCAUUAUAUUUUACCAAAAUAUAUUUUCUUUAUUACACUAUUUUCAAAUACACCAAGUAAAUAAUUAAUAUAAAAAAUAAAAAAUACUCAAGAAAAAUUAAACCACUUUUUGAAACCA